AUGAGUUUUAUCACCGGACCAUUGUCUAGAUUGAAAUAUGGGUUUCUUCCCCAGCUUCGGGUGGUGGAAGAUCUUCCCCAUGAUAAAGUCGAUAUUGCAACCACGGUUGAAACCGUGCCGGAACCGACCAUUGAAUACAGAGAUGAGAAGGGCAGAAAAUGGUACAAGUACUUUGACGAGUAUGAAUACCGGUCCAAUAAACAAACCAGAUCUCGUCACAAGUGGUACAAAUGGUUCCACGAAGAUGACACCCCAGCCGAAAGGAAGUUGAUUCUCAAGUUGGAUGUAAUCUUGACCUUGUACUCGUUAAUGGCCUACUGGGUUAAAUAUUUGGAUCAGACCAACUUGAACAACGCCUAUGUCACGUCCAUGCCCCUCGAUAUAGGCAUGAAGGGAAACGAUUUGGUCAACACUCAAGUCAUGUUCAACGUUGGUAACAUUGUGUUUCAAAUCCCAUUUAUCUACUUGUUGAAUGCUGCUCCCUUAAACUACUUGUUACCUGCUUUCGAUGGAUUGUGGUCGAUUGUGACUAUCUGCUUAUACAGAACCACAAACGUGCCUACCUUAAAGGCUUUGCGGUUUUUGAUUGGUGCUUUUGAGUCUCAGGCUUACUAUUCUUACCACUUUUUAUUGGGUUCAUGGUUCACUGUUGAUGAAAUCAGCAGAAGAGCCAUGGUGUUCUACUUUGGACAGUAUCUCGGGGUCUUAACUUCGGGUUUGUUGUCUGGUGCCAUUGUACGUUCUCUUGAUGGAACUAACGGCUUACACUCGUGGCAAUGGAUUUUCAUCAUCGAUGGGCUCAUUUCGUUGGGAGUUGGUUUCAUUGGUAUUUACAGUAUUCCCGGUACCCCAAAGAGUUGCUACUCCAUCUGGUUGACAGAUGACGAAAUCAGACUUGCUCGUCGUCGUUUGGAACGUAACAACAUUGGCAGCAAAGAAGAUGACUAUUCGUUCAAAAAGGUUUUGGACUUCAAAUUGUGGAAGUCCAUCUUCACCUCUUGGGAAAUAUAUGUGUUGUCGUGGUGGAACAUUUUCUGCUGGAACAACUCUAAUGGUUCUUCGGGUGCUUAUGUUUUGUGGUUGAAGUCUUUGUUAUCUUCUACUGAAAAGAAUGCUGACGGAACCCCCGCCGCUCGUUUUACUGGCGGUGCUUUACAGGAUCGUACAGCCUUGACUCCAGGAUUGGGAAUCGUGUGGUUGACCAUCGUGUGUUCGUUUGCCGAUUUCUUUCACCUGAGAUGGGGAGCCAUUCUCUUUUCGCAGGUAUUUAAUAUCACUGGAAAUGCCAUUUUGGCCGCAUGGGACGUGCCAGAAAAAGCCAAAUGGUUUGCUUGGUGUUUACAGUACUUUGGUUGGGCUAUGGCUCCGGUGUUGUACUCGUGGCAAAACGAUAUUUGCCGUCGUGAUCAACAAAAGCGGUCGACUAUCUUGGUUCUUAUGAAUGCGUUUGCCCAAACCACCACCGCUUUCAUGGCGGUGAUUGUGUGGAAAACGGUCGAGGCUCCUCGUUAUUUCAAGGGUUUCACUUUCACUGCCUGUUCUGGGGGUGCCUUGUGUUUGUGGACGUUUGUGGUGCUUUGGUUCUACAAGCGGGAAGAACGCAAACACGCGUUGGACAAUGGUAUCUACCUCUACAACUCUUCUAACCCCGAAGACGUUCCUCCCGUGAUUACCAAUAAGGACAACACUGGUGACAAGGAAUCUGAAAAGGAAUCUGAAAAGAUUCUUGAUAACGAAUUGGAAUUCGACAGUAAUUAA